GCAGUUGUGGUGGAUGAGUGAAACAUGUUGCUUUAGCUUUGUGCAGUGACUGUUGAGCUUUUUCCUUAUCUUUCUGAUAAGUGUCAUUGAUUCAGGUGCUAUCGAUUGGGCUAUAUAUUUAGCUGUCGAUGUUCUUAAAUGAUUGCGUCAUCAUGAAUACUGUCUAAACUAAAUGUUGAGUCUGGCUCAAUGGUGCAAGACAACGUGUCGUUAAAGCGCCAUGCGUGUGUUUGUUAGCAAUGAUAAACAAACAUAUAAUCACGGUACCACACGUACAUAGCCUACUAAAAAGUGUAUCUAAACAUACAAAUUGAAAUAAUUUCUAAUCUAUUGAGGACAUGAAAAAGUGGGAAAUACUUCCAGUCCGUGUUAGAAAUAUCUUGCAAAUAUCCUCCCACCAGAGCAGUAGCCUACAUUGAGACCAUUUUACGCUCUUCUAAUAAGAAAGCUGUUAAAACUGUAGAUGUGUGUGCAUCCUUUAAUUUAUUUGUAUGAUUCAUCAUUUCUUGUACCCCCUAGCAUAUGUAACCGUUAUUUGUGUGUAUACUGCUUGUUUGUAUAGGCCUACUGCUUGUUUGUAUAGGCCUACUGAUCUUUCUACAAAAAAAGAAAAUCUUCCCACUUCCUGAAACGCUGCUAUUGGAGGAAAAUGAAUUCUUGUAUAAUAGAGGUGCUUCCAUUGGUGUUGACAAAAUACUCUGAUGUGUUGAAAAGUCUCUUAACGAAUUUGGACACGGCCGAUUACAGUGAGACAUGGGAUCCUUGUAUUCGAUCAUGGGUGGCCAAAUAUCUAUGGACGGUGUUCAUGUGGUUGUAGUCGGCGGUGGUUUUGGUGGGAUCGCAGCAGCGCAGCAACUCAAGUACAAGGGAAUACCCUUUACUCUCAUUGACAUGAGGGAUGCCUUUCAUCACAAUGUGGCCGCACUGAGAGCUUCUGUACAGAGUGGCUUUGCCCAGAAGACCUUUAUCCCGUAUGCUGAAACAUUUGGAGAAAGUUUUCUUCAGGGUCGUGUGGUUCAGGUGGACCCUGUCUCUCAAAUUGUGGUAUUGGAUGGAGGGAAGGAAGUGAAAUUCUCUCAUCUUAUACUGUGCACGGGCACAGACGGACCCUUCCCUGGGCACAACACUGUGGUCUCAUACCAGUCAGCCAUUCAGAAGUAUGAAGACUUUGUAAAUGAGAUCCAGGCUGCUGGCUCAGUCCUCGUGAUUGGGGGUGGAUCCACAGGUGUGGAGAUGGCUGCUGAGAUCAAAACUGAAUACCCAGACAAAAAGGUGAUUCUGAUCCAUUCUCACAUCGGAAUGGCUGACAAAGAGCUGCUGCCCAGUGUCAGAGAGCAAGCCAAGGAGGUGCUGUUGGAGAAGGGAGUGGAACUUGUACUGGGGCAGAAGGUGUCUAACUUGGCUGAGCUGGAUUUGAAUGUGUUCAAGAAGGAUACGGUUAUUACCACAGACAAGGGUUUGGAGAUCACAGCAGACCUUGUUAUCAACUGCACAGGGUCCAAGAUCAACUCCUCAGCGUAUAGCUCAACUUUGAACGGAUGCCUGGAAGAGAACGGAGCCUUGAACGUGAACGAGCAUCUGCAGGUGGAGGGCUAUGAAAACGUGUACGCAGUCGGGGACUGUACCAAUCUCAACGAACCCAAGACUGCAUAUGCCGCAGGACUUCACGCUGGGGUUGCCGUUAACAAUAUUGCAUAUCGUUUGGCUGGAAAGGCUCAGACAGCCUAUCACCCGGGCAGUGUGACAAUGCUUUUGGCUAUGGGCCAUAAUGACGGAGUAGGUCAGGUCAGUGGCAUGAAGCUCCCUCGCUUUCUUGUCGCCAAGGCCAAGAGCAACAACCUGUUAUUGUGGAAAAGCUGGGAGAUGGGCCAAACAUCCCCUUAAUCUCAGAACAUUCUAGUCUUCGAACUCAAAUAGUUGUCUGCCUGUACUGCCUGAAAGGAGAUUAGUGCCUUAGUAUCAAGGAUAGUUUUACGAUGCACAAAAAUGGACUAAGUUAUUAAACCAGUCUUUAUAAAUUUUGUAAAAGUAAUACACCUAUAAAACUGAAUACUUUCCAAUCGUGAAUCUAGACACUAAUACACACUAAUACUGUAAACGUUCAAAGGAUAGGAGUCAAGUGAGUAAAAGCUUUACAGUUUGUCGAAACAGGGCCACACAAUGAAGUGGUAGUGUUGCCAAGUUACCUGCUGUACAUUCACAGAUUGCCACAACAAGAAAUUACAAACAGUCCAUCUUUAUUAUAUUAAAGUUAAAAUGAAAGUCCAUUGGUUUGGUUUUGUAUUGUUAAUCAUAUCCAACAAUAAAUGCAUCUGGAUCACAGUGGAAUUAAGGUCUUUCGGGUAAUGCGUCCAUCAUUAGUAACUCCAAUUAUUUACAUGUUCUGCUUCAUUUGGCACAUCUUAAUACAAUAGUCUUUUUUUACACAAGCUAAAAAUAAAAUGCUGGUUUCAGAUUCUAUCCUGAGUUGACCAUCACUGCAGCAUAGGGUACAUUCUGUUAACUCAACAUAGACACUUCAUAAACAAGGCAUUUUCCCCCCCUCUGUUCAAGUAUAAAAUAUAUUUAUGAUAGGUCCUUCAAAUCACAACUUAUUCUCAAAGCUAUGCCAAAAAAAACAAAAAACAUUUGUCAAUAUGACCAUGUAGACGAGAUAGAUUUGACCAGUAGAAAAUGGUUACGGCUGCACCAUCUAGACAUCCA